AUGUACAAAAAUAAUAUGUUUGUUAUGGAGAUAAUGAAAGUCAAGUACAAACUUGAAUAAAUAUGGUAAUGGAUCUUGGGUAUUAAUAACAGGAGCAUCAGAUUGAAUAGUAAAAUGGUUAGCCUUAAAAUUUUCAUAGAAGGGAUUCAAGAUAAUCUUAGUAGCAAGAACAUGUUCUAAAUUAGAAAGUUUAGCAUAAUAAUUAUAAACAGAAUCACAGAUAAUAAAUUAUUUGAUAGGUUAAUGUAGGAAGUAGGAGAUAGAGAUGUAAGUAUAUUAAUAAAUAAUGUUGGUGUUGAUGCUUUUAAUCGAUUUCAUUUAAUAUCAGAUGAAGAAAUAUAUAAGACAAUAAUAGUGAAUUGUUUACCUGUAACAAUUAUUUGUAAAAGAGUUAUUCCAUAAUUCUUAAGAAGGAAGGGAAAAAAAAUCUGCGAUAGUAAAUUUAUUAGAUUCCUACUCCUUUUUAAUGUUUAUAGGGCAAGUAAAUCAUAUGGUGAAUUUUUGACAUAAACUUUGAGUGUUGAAUAUCCUGAAUUGGAAAUUUUUGCUUUAAGAUGA